AUGAUGGCAAAGACGCCGAUGAUGCUUGCUUCUGCGAUGCGAUUGCUUGUGGGUCGACUGGCCUCGCCAACAAGGACGCUUGCGCCGAGAUCAUGCGCACUCCAACACCACGUCCGCCUCCUCUCUUGCACCACCAGAACACACAAGCUCGCAGGACUCUGGCAAAACUGGAUCAACAACGUCUGGAACCGACUGGACGAAGGCAGACUGCGCCUCGUCGGCCCUGAACGGCUGGUGACGGAGUGGACACUGCGCAUGGGUGGACGGGCGCUGCUGCAGGGACAACACGACAGUGGGUACUGGGUCGCAGACUACAAUACGCUGCCCUGGCUGCAGGACACCAACCAGGGCAUCAAGCCCAGGGGCAGCGUCAAACUGCUCGAAGUCGACUUCAACAACAUCGAAGGCAUCAAAGACACCGGAAUGCAGCACUUUGGCCUGAAAGGCUUGAACAACCUGACAUUCGUUGGCCUGCGCAACUGCGAUGAAGUCACGGACAUUGGCAUCAAGUACCUGGAGAACCUUCCUGCUCUCACCCGCGUCGACCUCGCCGGCACCGCGGUGACUGGCGCUGGCGUGGCGUCCCUGCUGCGGAAUCGUGACGACGCGUUCACCGUCGCCGUCCACGCCAUGCCGGACCUGCCGAGCGACCCGCGCAUCCAAAACGAGGUCGAAUCCGUCGACUGA